UACACUACCAAGCUGAAUAUGUGAGUAAUGUCCAGCUCUGUUUGACUCAUCUUUAAUCUUUCCAGAGCACCAGUUGCCCUCUGGGUUUCCCUCCAUAGACAUGGGUCCCCAGCUGAAAGUUGUUCGGCAUUCUCAGACCGCCACCAUGAUCUGCGCUGCUAGCGGCAACCCUAACCCAGAAAUUACCUGGUUCAAGGAUUUCCUGCCGUUUAAUACGUCAAGUAACAACGGACGAAUCAAGCAGCUCCGCUCAGGUGCCCUCCAGAUAGAGAUGAGUGAGGAGUCAGACCAGGGGAAGUAUGAGUGCGUUGCCACCAACAGAGAUGGGACACGCUACUCCAGCCCAGCUAACCUCUAUGUCAGAGUGCGUCGUGUCCCCCCUCGCAUCUCCAUCCCACCAGCAAACAGCGAGAUCAAGCCAGGGGGGAACAUCAACAUCUCCUGUGUGGCAGUGGGCUCCCCUAUGCCGUACGUGAAGUGGAUGCUGGGAGCAGAGAACCUGACGCCUGAGGAUGACAUGCCCAUUGGCCGCAACGUCCUGGAGCUGACUGACGUACUCCAGUCAAACAAUUACACGUGUGUCGCUAUGUCAUCACUUGGUGUGAUUAAGGCGGUGGCGCAGAUUAUUGUGAAAGAUCUGCCGAAUGCUCCUGGUACCCCUGUGGUGACUGAGAGAACCGCAACAAGCGUUACACUCACCUGGGAUUCUGGCAACCCUGAGCCUGUUUCCUACUAUAUCUUACAGCACCGUGCCAAAGGUAUAGAACCAUACAAAGAGAUUAAUGGCAUCACCAAACCACUCUACAGCGUGGGCGGCCUCAGCCCAUACUCUCACUAUGACUUUCGGGUAGCUGCAGUUAACACCGUUGGCCAGGGCCCCUCCAGCGAGGUGGUGGAGGUUCUCACAGCCGAGCAAGCUCCCUCCUCGCCCCCUCGACGGGUCAGAGGUCGUAUGCUGAGCACAAGAACAGCAAUCAUCCACUGGGAUGAACCAGAUGAACCUAACGGACAGGUGGUGGGAAACAGAGUCUAUUACACCUCAAACAACACGCUGCCAGUCAACCAGUGGGAGAAGCAGAUUGUGCGCAGCACGAACUUCACCAUCAUCCAUGAUUUGACUCCUAACAAGACUUAUUACAUCAGAGUGCUGGCCUUCACAUCUGAAGGAGACGGCCCCCUGUCCCUGGACCUGCAGAUUAUGGCCAAGACUGGAGUUCCAUCCCAACCUUCAGAAUUUAUGGGUGUGGCCAAGUCUGAGACCAGUAUCUUGUUGUCCUGGGUAGCUCCACUCCAGGGUGAUUCCAACAACCAGAUCACAGGAUAUGAUCUGGUCUACCGACGAGCUGACGACACAGAGGAGACGAAAGUGAGCUUUGAGCCUACCUCCUCUUACCUGCUGAAGUACCUGAAGCCUUUCUCCACCUACACCUUUCAACUGGCUGCCAAGAGCAAGCAUGCAGUUGGGGUGUAUACCAACGAGAUGUCCAUUGACACGCCACAGACACCAAGAUUUACACGAACCCCAGAAGACCAAACAGGAGUCGAGGGAGGAGUGGCCUCCUUUGUGUGCCAGGCCACAGGGAAUCCACAGCCCAACAUCGUCUGGAACAAGAAAGGCAAAAAAGUCAGCAAGCACAGAUAUGAGAUAAUAGAGUUUGACAACGGAUCAGGCUCGGUCCUGAGGAUCCAGCCACUGAGGACUAUCAUAGACGAGGUUAUUUACGAAUGUCACGCCUCCAACUCUGCAGGUGAAGUCACUGCCUCCGCCAGGCUGAGUGUGCUACGAGAGGACCAGUUGCCCUAUGGGUUUCCCACCAUAGACAUGGGUCCCCAGCUGAAAGUGGUUGAGCAUUCUCGGGGCGCCACCAUGGUCUGUGCUGCUAGAGGCAACCCUAAACCAGAAAUUACCUGGUUUAAGAAUUUCCUGCCGGUCAAUACAUCCAAUAACAACAGAAGAAUCAAGCAGCUCCACUCAGGUGCCCUCCAGAUAGCGAUGAGUGAAGAGUCAGACCAGGGGAAGUAUGAGUGCGUUGCCACCAACAGAGAUGGGACACUCUACUCCAGCCCAGCUAACCUCUAUGUCAGAGUUAAGAUGGGGGUUAAAAACCAGCCUGUCCUGUGGGAACCAGAGUCCAAUGGAUCUGUAUAG